AUCCAACAUUUUUAUUUUAUUCCAAUUCAUUUUUCAAUAAUAUACAUGAUAUGUGAAAGGUUUUUUUUGAGAAUUCAUUCACCUGUAAAUGUUAAUUUUUAUUUUAUUGUUUGUAAAAUCUUUAAGUUACAAAUGUGUAAUUACCCGUAUGUCAUAAUAAUUACUCUCUAAUAGUUGGGUGUACUUUUAGAUGUGUCGACUUCGGUGUAAAAUAUUCGAGUAAGAAUGGAUAUAUAAAUGCAAAGAACGUGAAACAGUUUAUAAAUACGAAGUAUUGUUGACAAAGAUUAUUUAUAUUUUCUAGCCAAUAGUUAACAAUAAUAAGUUACCAUGACUGUGAUGUCACAAGAAGAAAUGAUGGUUGGUAUAAAGACUGUUGCUCAAGGAUUGGAAGCCUUGAAAAACGAGUUAAUGGCAUCUAAUAACCCUUCUGGUCAAAAUACAAUGCAACCAGAAGAAAAACAGUCAAUGCUUCAAAAAACUUUAGAUAUGACAGAAUUAGGUCUUGGAGAAGCUCAGGUUAUGUUAGCUUUGGCUUCCCAUCUUCAAAAUGUUGAAGCAGAAAAACAAAAAUUACGAACCCAGGUUCGUAGACUUUGUCAAGAAAAUGCAUGGUUAAGAGAUGAAUUAGCUAACACACAACAAAAAUUACAAGCUUCUGAACAGGCUGUUGCAUUAUUGGAUGAACAAAAUAAACAUUUAGAGUUUAUGGCAUCUAUCAGUAAAUUUGAUGCUGAUAAGACCGAAGAUCAGACCGAAAACAAACUAGAAAAGUCUAAAAAUGAUGAUCCAGUUGUUGAUUUAUUCCCUGAUGAUGAAAACGAAGAAAGAAAUACGUUAUCACCAACACCACCAUCACAGUUUGCCCAACAAGUGAAUGCUGGAGCUGGUUAUGAGAUUCCAGCACGUUUAAGGACAUUACAUAAUUUAGUAAUUCAGUAUGCGUCGCAAGGAAGAUAUGAAGUUGCUGUCCCAUUAUGUAAGCAAGCUUUGGAGGAUUUAGAAAAAACAUCAGGCCAUGAUCACCCUGAUGUAGCUACUAUGUUGAAUAUUUUAGCUCUUGUUUAUAGAGAUCAAAACAAGUAUAAAGAUGCUGCUAAUUUACUGAAUGAUGCCUUGGCAAUACGUGAAAAGACUCUAGGAGAAAAUCAUCCUGCAGUUGCAGCAACAUUAAACAAUUUAGCAGUACUUUAUGGGAAACGAGGUAAAUAUAAAGACGCUGAACCAUUGUGUAAAAGAGCUUUGGAAAUCAGAGAAGCAGUCCUAGGUAAAGGACAUCCAGAUGUAGCUAAACAAUUGAACAACUUAGCACUGCUUUGUCAAAACCAGGGUAAAUAUGAAGAAGUAGAACGAUAUUAUCAACGAGCAUUGGAAAUAUACGAAAAGAAGCUAGGACCAGAUGAUCCUAAUGUAGCUAAAACUAAAAAUAAUUUAGCUUCCUGUUAUUUAAAACAAGGAAAAUAUAAGGAAGCUGAAAUACUGUACAAACAGGUGUUAACUAGAGCUCACGAAAGAGAGUUUGGAACAAUUGAUGGCGAUAAUAAACCAAUAUGGCAAGUGGCUGAAGAACGUGAAGAAAAUAAAAACAAAAGUACAGGUGCAGUACCAUAUACAGAAUAUGGUGGUUGGCAUAAAGCUGCUAAAGUAGAUUCACCAACAGUUACUACCACACUUAAAAAUCUAGGAGCAUUAUAUAGAAGACAAGGAAAAUAUGAAGCUGCAGAAACUCUUGAAGAUUGUGCAUUACGUUCCAGAAAAGAGGCUUUUGAUAUAGUAAAACAAGCCAAAGUUGCACAAAUUCUUAGUGGAUCAACUAGUAGUGUAAAUAGUAAUGACAGGAGAAAUCGAUCAAGUCGUUUGAUUGGUUCUAGGGAAUCGCUGGAGUAUGAUACCAGUUCUACUGGAACAAAAUUAGACGAGAAAUCUGGAACAGAUGGUCAACAGAAGUAGAGUUUAAACACAAUAAAUAUUAUCUACUCGCUUAUCCACAGCAUAUACUUGCACUGCUUCGGCAAUCAAGUUAUUCAUCUCCUAAAUGACAAAAACACGGAAUGGUCCAUUUUUAAACUAUUUUGUAUUUAUAAUUUAUAUGUGCAAUAAAAUAAAUAAUUACACAGCAAAAGUAGGUGGCUUUAACAUUAUAGAUAAAUAUUCUUGACUUGACUAAUUAAUUAAAACAUAUUUAUGAUUAUUCUAAGAAAGUCAACUUAGAUUAAAAUGUUAUAAUUAACAAAAUUCUUACACUUUCAAAAUAUGUAUGACAAAUAAUGUACACAUUUAUUAUAUAUAUAAGUAAUAAUUUCCGUUUAUACUUAAAAUUAUUAAAGGUAAAGAAUAGUAUACAAUAUAAAAAAUAAAAUUACUCACAGAUACUGCAGUAUUUAAACAGGAAAGUUCAUUUAAAACAAAACACUCAUAAU